AUGGAGCCUCCUUCUUUGUCGGAUUUCCCUCCCCUGGCUGGACAUGCAGGGGCUUCUUCCUCUUCUGCUCCUGCGCGGGUUUGGAAGCAUAUCGUGGUGGACUCUGUCCCCAUCUCUAAAGAUUUACCUCUAUCUUUUCUUCCUCUAGAACCAGAGAUUAUCCCUUUUGCUGGUGAGCGUCUUGUUAAAGGUGCAGAGAACUGGAAUCUCUGUCUCGUUGGUUACUCUAUAGGAAGGCGUCCCUAUUAUGAAGCUCUGCUUGGAGCAAUCAAAAAAACUUGGUCUUUGAAAGGUUCCAUGCAACUCCUUUCUCUGUCUGAUGGUUUCUUUCUUCUUCGUUUUUCCACUUCGGAAGACUAUGAGAUGGCUUGGUCGAAGGGUGUUUGGUUCUUCUUAGGUCGUCCCUUUCUCCUUCAAAAAUGGUCACCUAAAUUUCGUCCCAAACGUGAAAACUUCACAUCUAUUCCUAUCUGGGUCAAGAUCCUGGAUCUGCCUUUGGUCUGUUGGAACUCCGAAGGAAUUUCACGUAUAGCUAGCAAAAUAGGGAUUCCGUUAGCAGUCGAUGCUCUUACUGCUCAAAAAACUCGUCUCACCUUUGCAAGAGUUUGUAUACAAGUUGAUGCUUCUGCUACUUUUCCUGAGGAAAUUCCUAUCUCUAUUGAGGAAGAUGUUUUUAGCCUAAAAAUACAAUAUGAAUGGAAACCCACCAUUUGUGAGCACUGUAAAUCUUUGGUGCAUCCCUCCUCGGCUUGCCCCACGAAACCGACAGAACAGCCCAAAAAUAUUCCCUCUAAUGCUCUUCCGCCUCCUUCUUUUCGUGGGAGAAGUAAGAGUAGAAGACCACAAGGUAGGAAUGUGUCCUCAUCUUCGACUAUUCCUCCUUCUAUCAUCCCGCCUUCCAUCAUUCUAUCGGAAAACUUUACUGCUGUUGCUCAGCCUAGUAAAGAAGCUGUUGAGCCUCCUAAGGCUCAGUCUAAUUCGGUGGUUCAUACUUCUUCGAAUCCUGUUAUUGAUACUCCAAUCUCCAUUACACUACCCCCUCCUGGUUCUGAUAUUCCUCUAGCAGAACCCCAGCUUCCGCACAUACCCAACCUUAACUCCCCACAGGAAGAAACUUCUUCCUCAACAUCACCCCAACUACAGAGCAACAAAAACCCCGUCACAAAAAUUCAUUCCCCCAACAAAUUUGAUGCCUUGAAAUCUUUGGUGGAGGAUAAUGAGAAUUGCACUGAGGAUGCUUCUCUGGAUACUGACGCCUCGACCAGGGCAAAAGAAAAGGAUAAAGCCAUUUUGCAAUCGGGUAAGCAAAGCAAGAAUGUGAAAGGGAAGCAAGCCAAAAAGGGCUCUUCAACCAACAGGUAA